CGUCAGCUGCAGCUGCAGCGACUACACAGCCGCGCCGACGACAAAACGGAUGCGUUCUUAUCACUGCGGUUAAAAAACGCGAUCCGUCUUUACGACCGCGAAAACGACGACGACGAUCGUCGGCGUCGACGAUUACACCGACCGGACGCGUCCGUAAAAAAAUUUGUAAUUACCAAUUGGAUAUUUUAUAUUGUUUUAUACACGGCGAGCGGACGGUUUGCCAAAAACAAAUAUAUAUAUAUAUAUAAAUAAAUAAUUGAAUAAUAAUAAUAAUAAUAAUAACAACAAUAAUAACAACGUCGUCGUAUUCUUAUCGUUUCCACAACCGUUGCGCUUACCUCCACCCACCCCCCUCUCGCCAUACCGACCUCGACAAGACCGUCGACUGUUCGCAGUAGUUCGUACGAUAAUAGCAAUACUGCUCGUACUAUCGUUGUCGUCGUCGUCGCCGUCGUCGUCGUCAUUGUCGAAUCACCCACGGCGACUUUCGUCCCCGUCGUCCGGCAGAUGUGUUCGCGUUCGACUACGGUUUUUUAGUACGCGCCGCCCAGAAGGACGUUUGUCGUCGACGUCCGAAUGCGGAAACCGAAUCCGAUCGCGUCCCGUAGAUAGCAGACAAAGCUCCGUUGUUCGUCGACCGUCCGCCCGUUAGGUACCUACCCGAAAACGCAAUAAUAUUCGCACAGUAGGUACUUUAUUAUGACUUGUGGGCCGCCGCUUGGCGACCAUCGUCACCGACGGACGUACUGCUGGCCGUCGGUAUUUUCGUCACCGCACUGGGCACACUAAACGCAUCACACGUCGCAUGAAUGUCGCUUUUUGUUGUUGUUGUCACUGCUAUUAUAGGUACUGUUGUUGUGUAUUUGCGAGCCUCAUAAUUGGACGUAAACAUUCACCAUUCGCCACAUGCAUGGAUUGGAAGCAAAUAAUUCAAAAACAUAGUCGUAAGAUCUUGAAUAGAAUAAGUAUGGACUUGAUGUUAGAAGCGUACUUAACACAUGAAUCAAGCCUAAUGGAUUUGGAAGAUAUACCACAGACAGUUGAUCCUGUAUGGAUAUUGGGAAAAAAAUAUAAUACAGUUAUUGAUAUACAACAAAUUCGGAAUGAUAUUCAGUCUAGAUUGUGGUUUACAUAUCGUAAAGGUUUUCUUCAAAUUGGUAAUACAAAUUUCACAUCUGACAGAGGUUGGGGAUGUAUGUUACGUUGUGGACAGAUGGUUAUUGGCCAAGCUUUAAUUUUUUUACACCUUGGAAGAGAUUGGCGCUGGGACCCGGAUAAGAGGGAUAUAGAUUACUUAAAAAUUUUAAGAAUGUUUGAAGACAAGCGAUCUGCACCUUAUUCAAUUCAUCAAAUAGCUCUUAUGGGUGUAUCUCAUGGUAAACAAGUUGGCGAGUGGUUUGGUCCAAAUACAAUCGCUCAAGUGUUAAAAAAACUAGCCACUAUGGAUGAAUUGAGCUCUCUUGUUUUUCAUGUAGCAUUAGACAACACACUAGUCAUUAAUGAAGUCAAAAAAUUAUGUACUGUGAUGGAACAAACUAACUCUAGUAAACAAAUUUGGAAACCUUUGGUACUAGUAAUACCACUACGUUUAGGUAUUAGUACAAUUAACCCUGCUUAUGUUCAGGGUGUCAAGAUGUGUUUCACUUUUCCACAGUCAUUGGGUGUGAUUGGUGGAAGACCAAACCACGCUCUUUAUUUUAUAGGUUUUGUAGGUAAUGAUGUAAUAUUUUUGGAUCCACAUACAACACAACAAAUAGGAAUGCUGCCGAACAAAGAUAUAGAAACUGAACAUAAAAUUGAUCAUUCGUAUCACUGCCAACAAAUUAAUCGAUUACCAAUCCUCAACAUGGAUCCAUCACUUGCUGCUUGUUUCAUGUGCAAGACUGAAAACGAUUUUAAUACUUUAUGUCAUGAGCUAAAAGUACAUCUAGUACAAUCUGAUCAAUCACCAUCACAAUCUUUAAUCACCAUAUGUGAUGAUCGGCCAUCUGAUUGGAUGUUGGAUACCUCUGGAAAUCUGUCUACAUCGUCUGAAAAUGUUGCUGUGUCAUUAUCGGAUUUGGAACUAAAUGACAAAAAAUUGCUAACUGAUUCAGACGACGACUUUGAAUUAUUGUGAUAUUCAUAUGAACCAAAAGGAUUCUUAAUAAUCCUAAACAUUUGUAUUUACAUAUGGCAAACAUCGAAAAAUGAUAAAAUGUACUUUUGAAGGUAUAAUGUUCAGUACUAUUCCUGGUUGGUGCCUCAGUAAAUAAUUUGGUUGCCCUUUCAAAUAAAUGUUCUUUUAUUAUUAUUAUUAUUAUUAUCAUAAUUAUUAUUAAUUUAUUAUUAGUAUCAAUUAUAUUUUAUUUUAUUAAAUAUUUUGUUUUAUAACAUUUGUAAUAAUAUAAAAAUUUUAAAAAUUACUAAGUAAUUAUGAAACUCAUUGAAAGACCAGUGAUGUGCAAAUCUUUAUUUUAAGAUUUUUAAAUGAUCAUUGAUUUUGUUAUUUAAUUUUCAUAUAAUUUAUAUAGGAAACUAUUACAGCUUAAAAGCUCUUAAUGUUAAACUAGUCUGUUAUGUUUAAUUUCUCGUAUAUAUGUAUACUUAACUACACAAAAGAAAACGAAACAAGUUGUUUCCUAUACACAUUAAGUAUGUUAAGUUUAUUAUUUUUUCCCAAAUAACCUUAUUUUAUUAUUUGUAUGUUAUAUGUUUGGUUGGUAAACAAUCAAUAAUUGUUAAACUUGGCUUCUGUGUAGCAAUAAAACAUCUACAAAUUACAAUAAAAUGUGUUUAUAACAAUUGUUAAAUUGUGUAAUACAAAUAAAUAAUUUAAUUUAUAAAUGUAUAUUAUUAUGAAAAGAAACCAAAUUAAAAUAAAUAUAUUUUAUUUAUUC